GUGUGUGUGUGUGUGUGUGUGUGUGUGUGUGUGUGUGUGUGUGUGUGUGUGUGUCUUUUGUCAUAAUGAACAGGAGAGGAGAAAUCCUGUAUUGGCUUUCAGCAAUGCCAGAAACAUUUCAACUCUCAAUGUCUCGUCAGAUGUAUGCGCGAUAACUCACCGCUCUGCAGAGGAGGCGGGCCCAGUUACGCUAACAAGUGUUUCGGGGUGUCUGGGAGGCAGAAAUGCCCUUUUAUAAAGUUCGAGGACGCUCUUAGGAGAGGCCACUUCAGACUUUUACGCACCGAGAGUCUAUGGAUGGAAACGGGGCUGAGACGGCAUCGAUAGCAGCCAACAUGAGCAAUGGAUCCAUUGACCCGAGGUGUGAGGGGGGCGCUCCCUUCGCCUUCGAAGUCAUCCGCAAGUUUGGUGUUUUUGACUAUGUCCUGUACGGCAUCCUGACCUUCAUGGCAAUAAUUUCUGCGCUGGUCUUCUUAGAGGAGUGUAUCUACAUCUAUAGGAAAGUACCCGCCAAUAAAAAGAGUGUCAUCAUCUGGGUGAAUGGGGCAGCACCGAUGAUUGGCACCAUGUCAUGUCUGGGGAUGUGGAUCCCCAGAGCUACCAUGUUUACUGAUAUGUUCUCUGGCUGUUACUUUGCCACGGUGGUGUUUAAGUUCCUGAUCUUGAUGCUGGAAGAGGUGGGUGGCGACGAGGCGUUUCUGAGGCGUGCAGGGAAACAUAAACUGAGGAUCAGCACGGGGCCUUGUUGCUGCUGCUGUCGCUGCCUGCCACAUGUGGCCAUCACACGACGCUCUCUCUUCCUGCUCAAACUUGGCUCCUUCCAGUUCGCUGUCCUGAAGACUGCCUUCACCAUCCUUUCCAUUGUUCUCUGGAACAACGGAAAUUUUGACAUAAAAGGCAUGGGCAUUACAGAACCUGGAAUAUGGAUCAACUGUUUUGUGGGCGUCUUGACAAUCACAGCUCUGUGGCCUGUUUCGAUCAUGUUCAUACACCUGAAGACUGCCCUGCAAACGAUAAAGAUUGUCCCUAAAUACGCUAUGUACCAGCUGGUCCUGAUCCUGAGCCAGCUGCAGUCAGCUAUUAUCAACAUCUUGUCUACAAAGGGAACCAUUGCCUGCUCUCCACCUUUCCCUGCUGCAGUCAGAGGAUACAUGAUGAGUCAGCAGCUGAUGAUCAUGGAGAUGUUCAUCAUCACGAUGGUAACACGGCUGCUGUAUCGGCGACAAUACGAUCCUUUACCUGAAGAACAGGACGCCAAUGAAAACACAAGAAUGACUGCCAUAUCAGAGUCUCCAUGAGAACUAAUUGUGUGUGUGUGUGUGUGUGUGUGUGUGUGUGUGUGUGUGUGUGUGUGUGUGUGUGUGUGUGUGUGUGUGUGUGUGUGUGUGUGUGUGCCAUUCAUAUUUUCCUUCAGGUAUUUGAUUAAGACGUUGCAUAUUUUGAAAAGAAUAAAUAUGAAUUAUAUGUAAA